AUGAGCCUUUGUGACUAAUUGGGUUUGUGGGUAUCAAUUUGCAUAAUUGAAGAUUUUCCAUUGACUUCGUUUUCCAUCUUUGCAGAUCCAAUUUCAAUCGCUUCUAUUACUUCUUCUAGUAUUAUGGCUUUUGAUGGUGCUAAUAACGUUUUUCUAAGCUUUAGCGGCGAAGAUACUCGUCAUUCUUUUACGGAUCAUCUUUAUUACGCACUAAAGAGAGCAGGAAUUAGUACUUAUAGAGAUAACGAAGAAAUCAAAAGAGGCGAAAAACUGAUGCCGGAGAUCAAGAGAAUAAUCAAAGAAUCUAGGGCUUCGGUAGUUGUAUUCUCAGAGAACUAUGCAACUUCAACUUGGUGUCUCGACGAGCUUCUCCUGAUCCUGGAACAAAGAACGGAGUGCAAUCACUUUGUUCUACCAGUUUUCUAUCACGUCGAUCCUUCUGAUGUGAGGAAGCAUAGAAAAACAUUCGCUAUCAAAGUCAAAGCUUCUUCAAGGUGGACAGAGCAUAACGUGAACCUGUGGAAGAAUGCUCUCAAAGAGGUUGCUGAUUUGGCAGGCAUGGUUUUUGUCUGGGUCUGAAGCAGAGUUUCUGAAGGAAAUUGUUGACGUCAUUUACAAUAAACUGGAUCGCAAAGAAGUUAAUCUUCCAACCAAUGUAACAGGGAUGGCUAGUCGAUAUGCGAAGAUUAGUAUGUGGUUAAAUCAACCCAAUGUUGAAUUUUUAGCAAUUUGCGGCAUGGGUGGAAGUGGCAAGACAACGCUGGCCAAGUAUAUUUACAAUUUAAAUUGGAGAACUUAUGAAAACAUGAGCUUUGUUGAAGGCAUUGGCCACAAAUGUGAAGGGCCUGAUGGUUUGCGUAUGCUACAAGAACAACUUCUCACAAGUAUUUUAGGAGGUAAGAAAAGGAAAAUACCUAGUGUGUUUGAAGGUACAUGGGAGAUUAAGGAGGCCUUACAAACAAAAAGGUCGCUUAUUGUUCUUGAUGACAUUGCUGAAGAAAGUCAGUUAAUUGCUUUACUUGGAAAUGGGAUGAUUAAUGCACAAACCAAGAUUAUAAUAACAACCACCAGGGAAAAUACGGAUAAUUGGUUUAAGUCCACAAACUGGAGAUGUCAAGAUUAUAAAAUGGAACUAUUGAAUGAUGAAGAAUCAUUAGAGCUUUUAAGCCAUCAUGCUUUCGGUUCCAAAGUCCCCAUGGAUGGUUUCGAGGAGCUUGCAUUUCAAGCAGUACAAUAUUGUGAAGGAAAUCCUUUGGCUCUUGAAGUAUUGGCUUCUUCUCUAUCUGAUAACAAUACCAUCUUACAUUGGAAAAGCCAAUUGAAUUUGCUGGAAAAAGAAAUUGAUUCUAGAAUUCAAAAUGUACUUAUCAUGAGCUAUAAGUCAUUGUCAUUUGACUUAGAAAAAGAGUUGUUUUUGCACAUUGCUUGUUUCUUUGUUGGCAUAGACAUGGAUUAUGUUGUAAAGAUAUUGCAGCAUGAUUACCCUGCAUUAUUUGGGAUCAAAAGCCUAUCUAACAAAUGCCUUCUUUCUGUUUCACCGAACAAGAAACUGAUGAUGCAUCGAUUGCUUCAAGAGAUGGGGAAAACAUAGUUCGUCAAGAAUCAAAAUUCCCUACAGAACGUAGUAGAGUGUGGCUUAGUGAAGAAUCUCAUAAAAUAUUGAACAAAGGAGAGGGUUCAAAAACAAUGGAAGGUUUAGCACUUGACAUGGAAAUGGAAAUGCUAGAUAAACAGAAGUUUGCUUUCAAGUCAUCAAACCUCAAGACAGAUGCGCUUCAAAAGAUGGAUAGACUAAAAUUGCUCCAACUAAACUUCGUGCAGCUCACUGGGACCUACGGGAACUUUUCAGAAGACUUAAGAUGGCUCUGCUGGCUUGGAUCCAAUUUAAGAACCAUACCCUCUGACUUAUUCAUGGGAAAUUUGGUGGCUAUAGAUAUGAGCUAUAGCAAAUUGGAAGUAUUUGAACUACCCAUGGUUCUUCAGUCACUGCAGAUUUUGAAUCUUACACACUCUCAUGAUCUAUGCGAAAUCCGCAACAUGUCCAUGAUCCCUCAACUAGAGACUUUGAUUCUUUGGAACUGUCACAGUCUUGCUCGUGUAUGUGAAACCAUAGGAGAGCUGACGAAUCUUGCACUACUGAACAUGACAGGAUGUAAAAGUCUGUGCAAAAGUGAGCAAAGAGAUCAAGAUCUAGAAGCUUCUACCUCUGGUGGAGAAGUUACAGAACAGCCUACCUUUUCCUUCUCAUGUUCAUUGCACCGAUUAUUCCUCAAGGACUGCAAUCUUGAAUGUACUGAUUCCUUUCCUCUGAGUUUCAGUACUCAACCAUGUUUGGAGUACUUGAAUUUAGGCUAUAGUCUAUUUCAGUUUCUACCUUGUUAUGACCAUCUUAAAAGUCUUCGGGUCCUAGACGUAAGUUCAUGCUCAAUGCUUAAAAGGCUUCCAUGUCUCCCAAGUACACUUGCAGAAUUGUAUAUAUACUACUGUAAAUCGCUGGAGGAAAUAAAUUUCCAAUCACAUCGGUUCACAUUGCAAGAGUUUGGCUAUGAAGGCUGUAUUAGUUUAUUAGAAAUUGAAGGCUUUAUCAAAUUGGUGCCUAUAACCAAACUUGAAGGAAAUGAUUUGGGACAUAUGAAGUGGCUAAAAGAAUAUCAAAAUCAUGAGGUGUGUUUGGUUGGUGAUGACGAGCUCACCAAAGGCAGAAGUUUUUGUCUCCAGAUGUUGUAUGAAUUCCAUAUAAUGAGCACAUCUCUGCCAGACAUGGAGGAUCCAAACAUGAAGUCUACAUAUGUCUCGGAGUCAUCAUCUUUGUCCUUUGACGUGCCUCCGCCUCCAAAGAAUAAAAGGCUCAAAGGAAUUGAUGUAACUUUCAAAUAUACAAUAUCAGGUGAUGAUGAUUGGGUAUGGUUCUGUAAGAUCAAUACAACCAAUGGAGUUGAUUUGAUGUACAACCCCAAAGUCUUUGGCAAACCUGAAUCCGAUGAAGUUGGUAUAUGGUUAAGCUAUUGGCCAAUUGGAAAUACAUUGGACAUAGGAGAUAAAGUCAACGUCUCUAUAGCUGUGAUAAAUGGAUUGGAGGUUCACGAGUGUGGUGUGAGCCUUGUUUAUACUGAUGAAAAAGUAGCGGAGGACACCUUGGAAGAUAACAUGGAAUGGAUAGAAGUUCUUGGAGGAGAUUUGUCUGGUUUUCAACUAAGCACACAAGCUUACUAUCUUUGUCGUCGUGAUUUGUUUGAGUUAAUGGAGAUUGGUAGACUCACUCCUGGUUGGUUUAGUAUUCUAGUUGGUGAUACCAUUGAAUGUACAGAGGUACGUGGAUGGAGAAAGACAGGUCGCCCUAUGCAGUUGAAUCCAUCAUUUACUGAGUUAAAGUUUGUUAGGUGCAUUAUGCAUGGUCCUGAAUCGGAGGAAAUUUACAAGAUUGCAGAGAUGUCAAAAUCAUCAAUUGUAGAUAGUACUUUGGAGUUCACAUCAAGCCUGCUUGGGGAGACCAUGAAAUCUUCCACUUUGCCUAAAUCUAGAGAAACAAAAAUCAAGAUGAAGCAACCAAACCACGUCAUGAUCCCUUUCCAAGCCAUAGAAGAUUGUACCCAAGGCUUCAAUAAAAAAAAUUUCAUCGGGAAGGGUAGAUAUGUAAGUGUUUACAAGGGAAUCCUCACGUGGGCUGAUUAUGUGAACAAGCUAGUUGCUGUAAAACGGCUAGAUGACACUGGCUUUCAAGGUAACAAGGAUUUCAACGCAGAGGUCUCAUUGCAUUCACAAUAUAAACACAAGAACAUUGUAAACCUUAUAGGGUUUUGUGACGAUAAAAAUGAGAUGAUUCUUGUGUAUGAAUACACAAGCCAUGGAAGCCUUGAAGAAUAUUUACUUCACACUAGUGUGUCGGGUGGACUGUCAUGGCCACAACUUCUCAAUAUUUGCAUUGAUGUUGCUUCUGCUGUUGACUACCUUCAUAAUCAUGUGGCAGAAAAUUAUAGAAUAAUACACGGUGAUAUAAAAAGUGCCAAGGUUUUGUUGGAUGAGAAUUGGAAUGCAAAACUUUCGGAUUUUGGGUUGUGUAGGAUAGUUCUAAAAUCUCAGAAUAACUUUGCUGGUACACAAGGUUAUUGUGACCCACAAUACGAAAGAACAGGUUUUCUGACAAAAGAAUCUGACGUAUUUUCGUUUGGCGUGGUGUUGUUUGAGGUUUUGUGUGGACGGUUGGCAUGUGUUUCCAGUUACCAUGAUGAGAGGCGAUUCCUCCAUCAUUUUGCCCGGACCUGCUACCAAAAUGGAGCUAUGGACAAGAUUAUCGAUAAUAGAAUAAAGAAAGAUAUCAAACAAAGAAUGCUGAGCAAGUUUUCUGCUAUUGCGUAUCAAUGCUUGCAAGAAAAUCGGGAAGAACGACCUACAAUUGCUGAGGUUGUAUUCCAACUUAAGGAAGCUAGGAAAAUUCAAUUGGAAUCAGAAGAUGAGGAUGAUGAAUAAUUCUCUAGUGGUGGAUAAACAGAGGGAAGCUUUGCUCAGUAUUUAUCAAACUAGGGAGACAUGGAUGGUUUGAAUCCAAGGCAGAGUUUUUAUCCUUACUUAAAGAAACACUAAGAUAAGACAACACCACCGAGUUGUUUCUCUAUGUAGAGAAAAAACGUUGUAAGAUUAAGAAGUAAUUGUUUCUCUAGCUACAUGUUAAAUAUGUCCCAUCAUAAUUGACCUGGGAACAAGAAGGUGAGAAUUUUUUACAAGUUUUAAUUUCAAGUGUGGAUAUCAUCUUCAAUUUCUUACUGUGAUUAAAUUUUGUCAUCAUAGCUGGGGACAUCCAGGGCUCGUGCAUACCCUUUUAU